UAAUCAUAGCCUGCGAAAGAUCGCUUGUCGAGCGUACGAGAAACGCCGAUCAUGGUGGGCGGGCCGCGACCGAGCGAGCCACCGGCGUCCAACCUCGGGAGCAUUAGCCUCAACGAAUCCAUGUUCAAGCUCAGCGAGCUCAUGAAGCUCCACGGUGUCUUUGAGCAAGACUCGGCGCUCACCGAGAAGCAGUUCGUAUUGCACUUUGGCUCGAUCCUCGGCGGCGACCACUGGACGCCGACGCAGAUCUCGCAGCUCUUUAUGAAGAUCGACGCCAACUCGGACGGGACCGUGGACUGGGACGAGUUCACCAACUUCAUGUUCCUCAACGCCAACGCGACCAAAGACUCGUCCGCGACCACGACCGCCGCCUUUCUGCCCCGCGACGACUAUGUGGCCGAAGAGACGCCCGUGACGACCCACCGGGCGCGCGACGUCUUUGUUGCGAUCGAGACGCUGCCCCGCAGCGGCCAGUACCUCGCGUGCACCCACGGCGGCGUCAUCUCAACGUUCGCACCUACAGCGCUGGCGGCGCCGCUUCAGUCGUUCAAGACGGCGAGCGCCCGCAGCAAGUCGGACUGGAUCUCGAGCAUGGUCUAUUUGCGCGUGAGCGGCAAGGUGGCUGUCGCGUCCAUGGAGGCUGGCGUCGUCUUCUACGAUCUCUCGACGCCUGACAAGAAGAUCGUGUCCAAAAUUCCAUUCUCCGAGUUGGAGCAUGCGACGCCGUUGAGUUUGAGCACGAUGAUCGACGAAGGGAGCAUGCGCGAGAGCCUCUUCAUUGGCGACGACGUCGGCUUCGUGACGCAAAUCGUUUUUGACGAGCCGACGACGUGGCACGUGUGCGACGGCGAAAUCGGCUGCCACAGCGACCCGACGCUCGAAGGCUGCAAGAUCUCGCGCAUCGAGCGCCACACCGACUACAUUUCGUGCCUCGAGUUUGUCUCGGACCUCAACUGCCUCGUCUCGGCGUCCCACGACGGCUCGGUCAAGGUGGUGGAUAUCACACGGGGCACGCUCAAGCGCGACUUUCGGCAGCACCGCGGCGCCGUCUACUCGUUCGCGUGGUGCAAGGAGCCCAAGCUCAUUGCGAGCUGCGGCCUCGAGCGUCAAGUGCUGCUCUGGAGCCCGUACUCGAUCCGGCUCGUGGGUCGCCUCGUGGGCCACACGUGCUCGAUCAAACAAGUCAUCUGGAACGCCGCGUCGUACAGCCUUUUGAGCCUCGGCUUUGACGGACUGGUGCGUGUUUGGGACGUGAAAAACUGCAAGUGCAAUCAGGUCAUUGAAGACGCCUCCCACGAACGCCACAAGGUGAGUUUGCUCGCGUUUGACGCCCGCUACAAGCACUUGAUCACGGCGUCGAGUGCGCUCAACGACUGGCCCCUGCACCCGAUGGUCGGCGUCCAAGAAGCGCUGCAGCCGCACGAGCAUCCCAUCUGCAAGAUCCUCUUCAAUCCCUCGUUUCAGCAAGUCGUGAGCAUCGACACCAACGCGCACGUUGUGCUAUGGAACCUUCUCGACGGCUCGAUGAUUUCCAACUUUGACAUCUCCGACUCGACCAUCACCGCCGCCGCGCUGGACGAGUCAGGGCGUCGGCUCAUCACGGGCAGUCACGCCGGCGACGACGUCAAGCUGUGGAACUUUAGCAACGGCAGUCUCCUCACGACGCUCAAGAAAGAGAAGGACGACCACCAUCUUGACGCCCUCCUGCGCUUUAACCGCGCCGAGCUCGACGACGACGCGGGCCGAGUCAAGCUGCCGCCGAGUCUGCACACACAGAGCGUGCAGAUACCCCGCGUGCCCCGGUGCAUCGCGCCCAAGUCGAACGAAGUCACGAGCGUGCUCUCCAUCACGACGUCGAUUCCGUUCUCGUCCGGGCGCGGCUUUACGCAGUCCAAAUACAUUGCGUGCACGGGCUGGGACCGCCGCGUGUACCUCUGGAACGACUCGAACGCGACCGAGUACCUCCGAUGCAUGCCCGAGAAGAAGCGGGCGACGGGGCACACGGACGACGUUCUGUCGCUGACCUAUUGCCCGCCCAAGAGCAUCGCGACGGGUGGCGUCGACGGCUGCGUCAUUCUCUGGGGCCUCAACUCGGGCGACGUCAUGCACAAGUUUCAAUUCUCGAGCGGUAUCGAAGCGCUCAUGUACCCGCCCAAGCUCGGACUCGUUGUUGGUGUGACCACGAACGCGACGCUUCUCCUCAUCAACCCGCGCCACACGGUGGUGCAUGCGACCGUCGACCUGCGGGAAGACGACGCCCUUUGCGAAGUCCGCGUCGCACGCUGCGAUGUCGACGGCGAGCUGCUCUUCACGGGUCUCUCCAACGGACACGUCCAGGUGUUCCGGCUCACGUGCCUCCCACUUUUGUGCGUGGAGACUGUGCACGCUUGGACCGCGCACGAGACCUCGAUCGCCGCGCUCGACUAUGUCGAAAUGGGCACCGUUCUCGAGACGUUCUUGCUCACGACGUCGGCCGCAUCGAUGGCCAGCAUCAAGCUCUGGACGCUCGGCGGCUGCCUCAUCGGGCUCUUCGGCCACGACCGCUGGUGCCUCGACGACACCCAGCUGCGCGACUGCACGUACCCGCGCAUCUCCCGUGUGUCGACCUGCGCCGCGACGCUCGGCCCACCCAAAGCCAUCGCGCUCUACCAAAAGGAGCUUCGGGGCCUCCGCUUGAACGCGCCACCCGCGGUCGGCGACGUCUGGUUCCGAAAGGACGAGCUGGGGCUGAUUGGCGCGGUGCUCACGCUCACGAGCGUGAGCCGCAACAAGGGCAACGUCGAGGGCUACGACAACGCGCGGAGUUUGACGGAAAUGGCGCUGAGCGUGCUCUUUGACCACGCGUGGCACCGGCACGAGUUCCUCUCGGGCCUCAUUGGUCGCAUCUUUCUCGAGGACGACGACGGACCGCUCUUCAAGGUGGCGUCGGCCUCGUACGUCGGGUCGCGCUGGCACAUCUUCGACACGGACGGCAUCGCGCACUCGCUGCCGGCCGAGAAGGACGUGGACCCGUGCUUGCUCAAAACGCCCAAGUCGAUUUCGCUCUACCGCAUGCUCCCGCCCCAUCCGCGCGUCCAAUUCCCGAAUGCGCCGACGCGCAAGAUCCCGGACGUGCCGGCGCUGCCGCUCACCAAGGCGACGCUCUCCAACCCGUUUGCCAAGACGGCCCGCGUCCAGAUGGCCGUCCAGCACUUGAAGCAGCACCGGUUCGCGUCGCCGCGCACGACUGCGAUUCUUGCCUCGCGCGUGACGCAGCUCAGCGACGAGUGCGACGCGGUCAAGCUGCGCCUUCCCGCGAUGCAGUCGCCAACCAAACCCGACAAGAAGGCGCGCGCGGCUGCAACGCGCCCCGAGCUCUACCCGCGCCUCGACGCGCGGUCUGUGGUUGCCAUCGACGAAGCUGCGCUAGGCGACUAUGCGACGCUGCGGGCGACCUUGGCACGCAGCCCGGGGCGCCCUUUUCCUCGCGUGGCGACGCUCGAUCCACCGUCGAUGCGGUGA